CUGAUCGGAAUGUGCAUAAAGGAGGCAGAGAAAUUGAAGCGCAGUUCAUGCCAAGAAAAACUCAUUUGGGCGACAUGGUCUGCGAUGAUGACAGCAUGCCAUUGCAACGGAAGAAGGUGUGCGUGAUCGGAGCCGGCAUGGCCGGGCUGGCGGCAGCGCGGGAGCUGCGGCGGGAGGGCCACGACGUGACGGUGCUGGAGCAGAGCGGCGACGUGGGCGGGCAGUGGCUGUACAACCCGAGGCUCGACCUCGCCGACCCGCUGGGUGCCGGGGAGCCCGUGAAGGUGCACAGCAGCAUAUACGCGUCCCUCCGGCUCAUCAGCGCCAGGGAGAACAUGGGCUUCACCGACUUCCGUUUCGCGCCCAAGGACGACGACGGCCGCGACCGACGUCGUUUCCCGGGCCACCGCGAGGUGUACCUCUACCUCAAGGACUUCUGCGACACCUUCGGGCUCAUGGAGUUCGUCAGACUCAACACUCGCGUCCUGCGUGUCGCCAUGCAGCAGCAGCCCACGUCGAGGUGUCGGCAAUGGGCGGUGAGAUCCGUGGACCUGGCGAAGGCGGAAACGGAGGAGGUGUUCGACGCCGUGGUGGUGGCGAACGGCCACUACUCGCAGCCGAGAGUGCCGAGCAUCCAAGGCAUGGAGGCGUGGAGCGGGAGGCAGAUGCACAGCCACUCGUACAGGACGCCGGAGCCGUUCCGGGGCGAGGUGGUGGUGGUGGUCGGGUCAGGGGAGAGCGGCAAGGACAUCGCCAUGGAGGUCCGCCAGGUGGCCAAGGAGGUGCACCUCGUCGCCCAGUCCAUGAAGGAGGUGACCCCGGGGCUCGCCAAGGUGCUCGCCAAGCACGGCGUCAGCCUGCACGUACAGCUGCUCCUGGCGCGCCUGUGCGAGGACCGGCGGGCGGUGUUCGGCGACGGCUCCAGCGUCGUCGCCGACACCGUCAUCUACUGCACGGGGUACGACUACUCAUUCCCGUUCCUGGACACGGCGGGGGCCGUCACCGUCGACGACAACCGCGUGGGGCCGCUAUUCGAGCACGUGUUCCCACCGUCCCUGGCGCCGUCGCUCUCCUUCAUCGGCAUACCCAUCAAGGUGUUCGCGCCCUGGUUCUUCGAGGCGCAGGCCAAGUGGGUGGCGCAGGUGCUGUCCGGCAGGAGGACGCUGCCGCCGGAGGAGGAGAUGCUGCGGUCCGUGGAGGAGUGGUACCGCUCCAGGGAGAUCGCCGGCGUGCCCAAGAAGUACACCCACGACGUGAGCCGGUUUGGUAUAACGUACAUGGAUGAAUUUGGGGAGAGAUACUGCGACUUCCCUCGCGUGGAGGGAUGGAAUAUCGAGCUGCUGGUGGCGUCCUAUCUCAACAUGGUUGAAAACCUCGAGACCUUCCGCGACGACUACCAAGACACCGACUCCAUCCGCAAGGGUGUGGAGGCGUGGCAAUUGGCUGCAAAACAGAUCCACGUCAACCAAGCUGCUUCUGUUGGUGCACAAAUACAGUCACUUGGACUUCCUGAACAACAACAUAUGGAGCCUUCCACUCCACGUACUCCACAAUAAAAUUACAGUAAUGCUACACUUACGGGCUACAGGCUACGGAAUUUGGUUACGGGAUGACGUGGUGGAGAAUCAGAGGAGGUUGGGGCCUGAAAUCACGGGAUGCUGAAACGAGAUAACCAACCAACAACAUACACGUAACCCCGUAAGAUGAUUUCCGUAGCAGACUCUCCGUAGGUCUAGCAUUAUUGAUAAAAUUACAUAGAGUCGGUUUCACAAACAACUUAUAAGUGGCACUUGUGUGUCUCCACAUUAAAUUUGGUUGUGUGCAUCUUUGGCGCGGAUAGCAAGGAAGAUGAUCUCUUCUGGAGUAUUACCUCAAGAAUAUGUUUCACUACUCGUCCAGGAGAAACUACCAAAAGAACUAACAAGGUGGAAAGAAAAAUUACCAUCUCUUUCUUCCAGAUACCCAAAGGGGUUUCGCACAGAUUGGAUUUUUUCUUAUCAAGAUUCUUCUAGCAAGAACAUAGUGAGAAAAGAAAAUAUUAACCGCCUAAAUGGAGUAU